AUGUCACAAUCAACAGAAUUCGCUACAAAUUCAAAUCCAAAUGAUGAUUAUUUACCUUCAAAUUUAUCAUUACCAACAUAUAUUCCACUACAUUAUUCAUUAGGAUCUAAUUUUAAUAAAAUUCUUCAAUCAGGUUCAAGAGGUAAUGAUUUAACUCCACAAGCUUUAAAACAACAUAUUAAUUUAGUAAAUCAAUAUAUUGAUCAUAUAAUAUCAAAUGAUUCAUUAGAUUUUAAUGAAAAUAUACUAAAUAAUUAUUUAAAAACUUAUAAAAAUUUAAUAAUUUCCAAAAUUAAAUUAUCACAAAUUGAAAAAUUAAGUAAUGAAACAAUUUUAAAACAAUAUAUUUCACCAAAUUUAAAUUUAAAUUUAACAAAUUUAGAUGAAUAUCAUCAAUCAGUAAAUCCAUCAGUUGAAGAAUUUAUAUCAUCAAAAGAAAAUGAAUUAAUUAGUUCAAAUUAUCAAAUAAAUCAAUUUAUAAAAUCAGAUAAAUUAUAUCAAUUAUUAAGAAGUUUAACAUUUAUUAUGAAAAACCCAGAAGAUCCAGUACCUGAUGAAGAUAAUGAUGAUGAUGAUGCAAUAGGUAUAAGUGGAGGUAAAGUAUCAUUAAAAGAUCCAAUUACAUUAAAUCAAUUUGUUGAACCAGUUAUAACAUCAUGUAAUCAUACUUUUGAAAAAUCAAGUAUUCAACAACAAAUGUUAACACAUAGAUAUGGUCCUUUUGAAUGUCCUAUAUCUGGUUGUGAUUCAGUUUUAAAUUCAAAUAGUUUUAAAAUUGAUAAAUUAAUGAAAGCAAGAGUUAAAGCUUUUAAUAAAAUGGAAAAAAAUAAAGAUGAUGAUUUAGAUUUAGUUAACUAG